GACACUCCAGUCUGAGGAGAGUGAAGUUUGUGAGAGGAGAAGAAGGAACCGGUCAGCAAGCUUCGACGCAGAAGAGAGACUUCGAUAGAAAUAGAGUGUCAACAGUUCGAAGACGUAUAUGGUCUUACACAGCAGCUCUACACCAUACACAUGGUCAAAGGCAAAAGACAUCCACAAGCACCAUCGCUCAUCAAGAAACAAAGCACAACAAGAUCCACAACAAGAUGAGCGCCAACUUCCCAUGACCAGCAAAUCCAAAUUCAAAACACAAGAAAAAAGGAAUGUUCACACCCGACAAAAAGCCAUAUCUGAAGAUAGGUCUCUGGAAGUUAAGCAUGUACUCAAUGUCGGCAAACAUCAAGUAUCAAUCUAGCAAUCCCUUUCACAAUAACAUGUCAUUAAACAGGACAAAUCAAGGUUCUUGGAACUGCAAUGGUCAGCGCGUGAGAAA